AUGUCUUUGCCUGGUGGUGGCUCAAGUCGCUUUAAAUCGCAAUGUGGCCAGUUUCAAGUAACGUGGUAUUUUAUGAAGCAAUCCACAUUACCUUUUCAAGGGGAACUCGCCGAAGAUUUGGCAGUUAAACUAAAAGAGGCGAUUACAAAAGCGAUCGAAGAUGCUGAAAACCUCGCCAAACACAAAGAUGGCGCCUCUGAAGUCGAAACCUUGAAUUUCAAACACACAGGAGAAUCACUGCCAAAGGAGCCAGUGUCUUGUUCCUUCCGAGAACUCAUGGUGGAUGUUGAACAUGUAAAGCUUGACAUGGUUAAAAUGAAAAAAAAGGAUUAA